AUGGCUUUCGAGAAGCCUAGGGACACUGUCCAGGCCGCAGAGGCGGCGCAUGCCCAGGCUGUGGUCAAUGCUGCUACUGAAAAGUUGGAGGAAGAAGAUGACCAGUUGGAAUUGGCGUCCCCGUCGGAGCAGGUCGAGCUCACUGAGGACAUGUGCUACGACCAACUGGGAUACUCCUUCAGCGAAACGAAGAAAUGGACCAUCAUCACCGUGAUUUUCUUGGUGCAAGUAUCCAUGAACUUCAACACUUCACUCUACUCCAACGCCCUCUCCGGAAUCUCCGAGGAAUUUGGCGUUUCGAUGCAGGCAGCCCGAUGCGGUGCCAUGAUCUUCUUGGUUCUCUACGCCUUCGGUUGUGAACUCUGGGCGCCCUGGAGUGAGGAAUUGGGCCGCAAGCCCAUCCUCCAGGCUUCGCUUCUCCUCGUCAACAUCUGGCAACUCCCUGUGGCGCUCGCCCCCAACUUCGCCUCCAUCAUGGUUGGCCGUGCCCUGGGUGGUCUCUCCUCCGCAGGUGGCUCCGUCACCCUGGGUAUGAUCGCAGACUUGUGGGAACCUGAUUCACAACAGUAUGCCGUCGCAGCAGUCGUCUUCUCGUCAGUCGCUGGAUCGGUUUUGGGUCCCGUCGUCGGAGGUUUUGUCGAGGCUUUCUUGCCGUGGCGGUGGAACAUCUGGAUUCAGUUGAUCUUCGGCGGUUUCGUUCAGGUCGCCCAUUUCUUCUUUGUCCCAGAAACCCGAACCACUGUAUUGAUGGAUCGCAUUGCCAAGAAGAUGCGCAAGUCUGGCGAGAAGCCCAACAUCUACGGUCCCACCGAGGGCAUGUCUUUCCGUCAGCGCUUCCCACCUCACGAACUCAUGAUGACCUGGAUUCGCCCUUUCAAGAUGUUCUUGACCGAGCCCAUUGUGUUGGUCCUCUCUCUGCUGAGUGGUUUCAGUGACGCCCUGAUUUUCAUGUUUAUUCAGUCGCUCUCGCUCGUGUACAGCCAGCAUGGCUUCAACACCUGGGAGAAGGGUCUGGCAUUCAUCCCCAUUGUGAUCGGUUAUUUCAUUGCCUGGUUCUCCUUCUUUCCGGUGAUCAAGCGAAACAUCAAGGAACGUCGUGACAACCCCGAGAGUGAGCGGGCUCAGUAUGAAUCUCGUUUGUGGUGGUUGUUGUAUACCGCUCCCUGCCUCCCGAUUGGUCUGAUUGGCUUUGCCUGGACCAGUUUGCCACAAUGCCAUUGGAUUGGAUCUAUGGUCUUUGCGGCGAUCAUUGGUAUCGCCAACUAUGCGAUCUACAUGGCUACUAUCGACUACAUGAUUUGCGCCUACGGCCCGUACUCUGCGUCUGCCACUGGUGGCAAUGGAUGGUCUCGAGACUUCCUUGCUGGUGUUCUUACCAUCCCGGCUACACCAUUCUUUGAAAACAUUGGUGGCAAAUACCAUCUCGAAUAUGCCUCGACUAUUCUGUUCUGCAUCUCGGUGCCUCUCGUCGUUGCGGUCUACAUUAUCUACUGGAAGGGCCCGGAGCUGCGCAAGCGCUCUCCAUUCGCCCAGCAGCUCGAGGAUGCGCGAAACCAGAUGCACGUCCAGGUUGCAAGCCGACGAGGAUCCAAGGUUCCUCAGGAAUCGCGCGCAAACUCAUAUGCUCGCUCGCAGCAAGAUCUCCGCAUUCGCCCAACACUGGGCAGCCGCGGAAACUCGCGAGUGAACUCUCAGGCCAAUUCCCGUGCCAACUCUCGGGCCAACUCGCGCCGCAACAGUAUCAAUGCUUAA